UUAAGGUGUAGAGGAAGGGAAAUGCUUUGAAAUACUCUACGGACCGUGGUCGCACUGACCUGAUUAUCAACGUGCCUUAUGUUCUUCAUCAUCAUUUUCACCAUGAUAGAAAUCUACGUGUACUCUUGUCUUCUUUCUGCUCUGAGUUUUGUGGAGAUGAAGCCUCUCAACGUAAGAGGCUGUGUUGGGGAAAUAGUGACAUUCAAAUGCUCAGACUGGAACAAUUUGUUUGAUGUAAGAUAUAAUGAUAAGUACUUUUGUAGAAGUCCAUGCACCGAAGACAAACACAUCAUCAUCAAAGCAGCACCCGGAAAAACUACACAACAAAACAGAAUACUGAUAAAUAACAAAGGAGAUUAUUUAUUUGUGACCUUCACUAAUCUGAAAAAGUCUGACGCUAAGACAUAUUACUGUGGAGUGGAGAGGAAGGGUCCUGAUAUAUUGAUAAAGGUGAAUCUUAAAGUUACAGAUGCUGCGUCUUACGGUCCCAAGAAAACUCCAGAAACAGUGGACACAUUUACAACUCUGUCAUCAGCUGUGUCAAGCAGCUCCACUCUGUCUUCAAACAGCUCAGAUAAUAUCACUGAUGUGUCUGCAUCGUACACGACCACUACGACAACUACUACACCAGCAACACAAGCAGCCGGGAGCAUACCAUAUUUGAUCAUAGGUGUCAUUCUCAUAAUAACCAUACUGAUGGUGUUACUGAAGUUUAUGAGCAAGAAGAUGAUGAAACAACGGAAAGUUGUUUCAACAGCUGUAAUGCCACAGGGAGACGCACGAGAGGAAGCUGAAUAUGAUGAAAUCAGACAUGAAGAAGCGACUGACCCGGACAGCAUCUAUGCUAAUAAUUCCUUCCUCCAAGAUAUCGGAUCAGCAGCUGCUAGGUGUGAGACGAAUUCAAUGGGGGCGUGUGCAGAGAGCAGAGACAACGUGCUGUAUUCUGUUGCUCAACUACCCAAAUACCAAAUUAAACCCACUGGGCAAUCACAGCGAAAUCAAUCUGAAAGUGCCGAAAAUGACUCUUUCUACGACCUGGUUCAACUACCCCAGGCACCCUGAAGGAGGCCACUGUGGUAAAUGCAUAAAAAGGAACUUUUAUGAUUAAACAUUUGAUUAGUUUUGAAUAAAACAGUAGACACAUAAUGUAAUACAGGACAUAUAUAAGGCAGGAUAGAAGAGUAAAUGAACAAGUUAGUAUCUGUACACAUGGUCCAGCCUUACUUAAAAAAAAACGUGUAUAAACACACAAUAAGUAUGAUUGUCAUUGUCUUUUUCAGACUCCAUUACUUAAUGAAAUUGGAAUCAUGUUAGUCACAGGCACCCAGAAAACAGUGUUCAAAGAAUCAGUGAAAUGUUGUCUAUCUCAGGGAACAAUCUGAAAUCUGAAAUCUGCCUCUGUGAUACAUACUCUGUCCAACUGUCUACUUCCUUUUUUUAAAUGUUCCCUAGGUCUCUUUUGGUUGCACAUGCACACACACACACACACACAUACACGC